AUGCCUCCAGAAUCGCCGUCUAAGCCAUGCGCCGACUGCACCACCAACGUAGGACUCCACAACAUCCGCAAGCGGCCCCUGUGUACAGCAUGCUUCACUCGCUAUGUCAACUCCAAAAUCUUGAAGCGUAUGGAGUCAUACCGGAUCAAAAGUUCUUCUGGCAUCAGCCAUGAAAAGAAGCGUCUUUUAUUGCCCUUGUCGGGCGGCGUCUCAUCGCUAGUACUACUAAGUGUCCUAGCUGCCCAACUCCGCAAGCAACUGGACACCCAGGGCCGAACGGCCUAUGAUCUGGUAGUAUGUUGUAUUGAUGCGACGCCAAGGGAAGGCGGACGGGACGAGUACGGCGAUGAGCUUCCCAACGAUCCGGCAGAGGCGAGCUGGUGGAGCCGCCUCGUCGCGAAAUUCCAGGAAGAGGAGAACCCUGCCAUCAAGUUCUACGGCAUGCCCAACAUCACACAAGUCUUUCUCAUCGACGAAAACUUAAUCACAGACCUAGUCGCAACAUCGCCCCUUCUCACGCCUCCAAGUGGCAUGAAGUCGGACACAGAGUACUACGCCCACAUCAUCAACGCAUGCAGCACACCAACCGCCCGAGCCGACAUCCAACAGAUCAUCCUAGAGCGCUCCAUCGUCGCGCUAGCACAGCAGAAUGACUGCGACGCCGUGCUCUACGGACACUCAGACUCCCGACUCGCGGGGCUCGCUCUCGCAGAUGUGGCAAAAGGGCGUGGUGGGGCUACGCCUGCAAGGAUCGCGGACGGGUGGAACGAGGCAAUAGGUCUGAAUGUGAACUACCCGUGUCGGGAUCUAUUCAAAUCCGAGCUUGAGCUGUACGUGCAGGUCCAGGAGCCAAGGUUGACAGACCUGGUGGUGUCGCCCGAGGAGGCGAUCGUGGAUGUGGAAGGGACCGCCACGACAGCGGCAGCAACAAAGAAGCAGAAAGCGCCGAUUUCGGUCAAGAGCAUGACCAUCGACGACCUCCUCACAGAGUACAUCACAAGUCAGGGGGAGAAAUACCCAAGUAUCAUGGCGAAUGUGGUGCGAACAACGGGCAAGCUGCAGACGCAAGAGACGAACUCGCCUGCGCCGAAGCAGUUCUGCAGGCUCUGUCGCGGAACCAUUAUUAGCCGAGCGGAAAAUGACGAGUCGGCGAACAGAGGUACAGUGAACAAGGAGCUGUGCUAUGGAUGUGUGAGGAUGAAGCAGGACAUCAAAGCGCGGUGA